AUGUCUGGCUAUUUGCAUUCAAGACUCCUCUUUUACACUGGCGGAAGACAUCUGUCCCGUUUCUUUGCAGCCAGCCAGCAUGUUUUACCUGUUGCACAGUUUAGAACCUGCCUGUUCCCUUCUCAAGCCCGGAGCUUCUCCUCCCGUAGUGGUCGAUCAGAUGGAAGCUCAGGACAGGAAGGAGAGAACACACUGUGUGCUCCAAGACAUGACAUGGACUUCCAGCUGAGCCGGCUGCAGAUCAAUGCUGUUCUGUGUGCUAACGAGCAGUCUGUUCGUAUUCCAGAAUUUGAUGGCCGUGGUGGUCCCAGUCCGGUGCUGAGGUUUGAGAGUAACCAGCUUUCAGCCAACACUCCGCUAGAGGACCGACGCAGCAGCGCCAACUGCCUGCAGACUCGUGGCAUGCUUUUCGGCGUGUUUGAUGGACACGGCGGACAUGCGUGCGCUCAAGCGGUCAGCGAGCGCCUGCCUUAUUACAUUGCUGUGGCGAUGAUGGCAGAGUCUGUCCUGGAGGAUCUAGAGGCCGCCAUGGAGACCGUACGACCCGUGCCGCCCAUCCUGCAGUGGUAUAAGCACCAUAAUGACUACAACUACAGGGAGUCAGCAGCCCUCUACGUCGAACAUUUGCGUGUUUACUGGCAGGAGCUUCUGGCAAGUGAAGAACACGGUGACGGCAUGCACCCUGAUGAUGCUCUCGGCUAUGCAUUCCAACGACUCGACACGGAUCUUUCCCUUGAGGCGCAGGUGCCGCUCGCAAAUGACCUGAUGCGGAACACAGCCAUCCAGGCCGCCUUUGCUGGCUGCACAGCUUGUGUGGCUCACGUUGGACCAGGGGGUGUGCAUGUUGCAAAUGCAGGAGACUGUCGGGCAGUGUUGGGUGUCCAGGAGGAAGAUGGGAGCUGGAGUGCUCUUCCACUCACACAAGACCACAACGCUGCCAAUGUAACCGAGCUGGAGCGGAUAUGUAGGCAGCACCCGGCCAGUGAACGGCAAACCGUGAUCGUAGAUGACAGGCUGCUCGGGGUCCUGAUGCCGUUGCGUGCUUUCGGUGACGUGCGCUUUAAGUGGAGUCGUGAGCUACAGCAGAGUGUUCUAGAGAAUGGAGACUCAGAUUUAGAAGCGUUGAAUCUUUAUCAGUAUGCUCCACCUAAUUAUCUCACCCCACCUUACUUGGAGGCCACACCAGAUGUCACCUACCACCAGUUGCGGCCACAGGACCGAUUUUUGAUUUUGGCCUCUGAUGGUCUCUGGGACGAGAUGAGCAAUGAUGAGGCAGUCAGGCUUGUGGCGGAACAUCUGACAGGUAUUCAUCUGCAGGCUCCGGUUUCAGCCAGCCAGCUCAACUUGGGACAAAUGCAGCAGCUGCUGUUGCGGCGACGGGCCAGGGCAACACCUGCUUUGGAUUUGAAUGGAGCCACACACUUGAUUCGCCAUGCGCUGGGCACAAAUGAGUAUGGUGAGGUGGACCAGGAGAGAUUGGCAACCAUGCUGGCUCUACCUAGCGAUUUAGCACGCAUGUACCGUGAUGACAUCACUGUCACCGUGAUUUACUUUAACCCGAACUUCAACAAAACUAAAAACUAAUAAAGAACAACAUUUUAAAGUUUCAUACAUAUACAAUUAGAUUUGAAGAAUUGUUUUCAGCAGAGAUUUUUUUUUUAAUGCUUUUUUAGGCAGUUUUUUUUUUGUGUGUCUUUUAUAUUGUUUCAUCCAGUGCACUGCAUACACCUCAAAAUGCCUGCAGGUGACUUUAAUUUGAGUUCGCAACAGAUUCUUGCAUUUUGUUUUGGAAAAUGUGAAUACAAACAAUGGGUAGAAUUCACUGGUUCAUUUUAAAUGACACAAGGUUACAAAUGUGAAGGUACAUUAGGUCAAGUCUUAAUCUGUCUAUGUAGGCUAUGUUUUAUAUUACAUUAGGCUGUUUAUUUUUAUAUUUAAUGUCUACAAAUCGUUAUAGUUAUACUGAGUAUAUCUGUUCAUAGAAGUGGUCAUUUAAGUGUAAUUUUCACAACAGUAGAAUUAGAAUAAUGACAAAAAUGCUUUA